AUGGGGACCCGGGAGUGGCCGCUGCCUUGCUUGUACGAGCUCUUCCUUGGCAAAGAGCGCGCCCGGUGGCCGCCGGAGGCCAGGUUCAUCAAAGCCGCCCACCACGGCGACGUCCUCGAGAUCAAGAAGAUUGCAAAGGAGCUGGACGUGCAGGGGCAUGGGAUCCCGGUGACGGUGGCCAACACCACCUACAUGGGCAUGAACGCCCUCCACGCGGCAGGUGGGCUCGGCAGGCUGCCGGUCUACCGGUACCUCGUCGAGGAGGUCAAGAUGGACACCCACAAGCCUGACACCCUCAUUGAUUUUACGCCCGUGGAGCAUGCUGUCAAACAUGGCCACCUCCCUGCCAUCAAGUACCUUCUUGACCAUGGUGCUGAUCUGCCUCUGCAACGCGGAGAUGACACUCUUCUUCAUUCAGCUGCAGCUCGUGGGCAAUCUGAAAUAGUAAAGUUUCUCCUUUCUAAAGGAGCUGAUGUUGAUGCAAUAUCAGAUCUCGGGACACCGCUCGUUCUUGCUGCUCUUAAAGGACAUCCUAGUGCUCUCAAGAUCCUUUUGCAGCACGGUGCAGAUCCCAACAAGGGUGGUGGUCUGUUUGGAAUUAUAGACGUGGCAUUACACAAAUCUUCUGUGUCCUGUGUGAAGCUAUUGAUUCAGGGUGGAGCUAAUAUGAGUGGUGAUAAUCCUUUGGCAAAGGCUGCAGAGAAGGGCUUAACUGAAGCUAUUAAGUGCUUGUUGGAAGCUGGUGCAGACCCAAAUGUUGUUGACAGGUUUGGUAGAUUGCCAAUAGAGUUGGCUGUUGAGUAUGGGACGUGGGAAGAUGUCGAGAUUCUCUUUCCUUUCACCUCUCCCAUUUCAACUGUGGCCAAUUGGAGCGUUGAUGGAAUCAUUAGUCAUGUGCAGAUGGAAAUCAAGCAACUUGAGGAUGAUAAUUUUGUGGAGAAGAGGAUUUCUGACCUAAAGCAACAAGCAGAAGAAGCAUUUAAGAAGCAAGAUUACCUAAAUGCGUCAGUGUUCUACACACAGGCACUGAAGAUGGAUAACUUCGACGCAAAGUGGUUAUCAAACGAGGAUGGAUAA